CCCUCCUCCCCCACCCAAAAAAAAAGUUUUCUGGAUUAUUAUUUACAGAAAUAUGAGAGAGACAAGGAAUGGCUGGUUAUUGAUAUCUGUGAGAGGUGAGGGUAGGCGAUUGGGUAAAAGGAAUGUCAUGUCAUAAUCAAAUCCAUUUUUAUGAUCCUGUGAAUGUUGAAACAAAUUCGGUGAAAGGUCAUGUCGCUUUCUCAACACAGCGACCCCGCCGCUUGUGGGAUAUCUGAUGGGUUUUCAGUCUCCUCCCUCUCCCUUCAUGUGCUGUUCCUUUGGUAAAUGAGUUGCAGACUGAAGCCUGGGGAAGAGGUUUGCAUUUAGUCACAAUUGUCCAAAGUGGGGGAAGAGUCCGCAUUGGUUACGCAGCCUGAAGGUUCACCUGGUGUCUGCCCGAUAAGGUCUCGAUAUAUUGGACUUGGCACACACUAUAAAUUGAAAAAUGAUCUACAAGCUGAAGAGAAACUCUUUUUGUUGGCUUAUUCUAUGCCUGCUCCUUCAAGGAAUGGAAAGUUUUAUCAUAAAGAGUUCUGACGAUCAAUGCUUGGAAGCCUCUUUGGAGAGUGAUCGGGUAAUGAUGGACAGUUGUAAUCCGGACUCGCAGCUCCAAGACUGGGCAUGGAAACAAAAGCGGUUUAUUAAUCAGGGAACACGAAGGUGUCUUUCUGCAGACCAGAGUCUCCUGGUUCAGACUGUAGCUUGUGAGAAUGUGGCCAACUUAACAUGGACGUGCCGCAAACAUCGACUUAUCCACACAGCCACGUCCAUGUUUCUGAUUGCUGAGGGAAACGUGGUGUCUAUUUCUGAAGAAAGAAAAAAAAAUUCCAAGUGGAACUCAAUGAACAACAUAGGCAUUUGCCAGAUGCUUUUACAGAGAAGCCCAGAGACAACAUCAGCAAAGACUCAAAUGUUACUAGCACAAUUUGAAGAUGGGGUCAUCAGCGAUGGGAGACAGAAUGACACCCAAGUGGAAGAAACUACCACAGGGAAACACCAGCCUUAUCCAAUAGAGGAUUCCACUAACUGGAACUAUGCUAUGUUGGUGCUUGCAUUCAUUACGCUGUUCCUGGGAUUUCUUAUUCUGGUUUUAUGUUCCAGGGCAAACAAGAAGAAAAAGAUGAAGGAAGUGAAUGAAUUAAAGAACAGGAGUGCGGCAGAAAGUGAGGCAUUACAAAAGACAACAACACAAUAUGCAGAUGAGAUUGACGACCCUGCAGAAACUGACCAAAUGUUACGGACCAAGCAAGCCUACAUUUCCUUUGAGCAGGUGCCAAAGAGUUCGUCCCCCAAAAUCUCAUCCAAACCAGGAGAGAUCAUGAUUGAGUGGAAGGAUGGAAACAUAAGUUCCCUUUUCAUGGAUGCAAAAGAAGAUGAUUUGUAGAACCCCAAGUUACAGGACUGAGCUUGCGAUGGAGAAUCUAUUUUUAAGAUGAAAAGAAUUAAUUUUUGUAAAAUAUUUUUAGCCAAUAAAAGAUCCAAUUGUAGAGGAGGAAAAGAUUAGUAAACAAAUGAGUCAGGGGUAAAGGAUAGUUACUUAGUCUUGCCGAAAGUGGGAACUGGUACUCCAGAAGGUGGUGGGACCACAAUUCUUCACAAUUCAUGUAAACAAUAUGAUCUCAGGUUUCAGAAGUACAAGCUCAAAAUGUAUGGCUACAAAUUGGGGGGAUACAGUUUAAUGUGAGGAGAACAUAAACAUAUAUAUCAUUGACAAAUGAAUUUCAAUAUAGAUAAGUGUGAGGUAUUAAAUUUUGCAGGACAAAUAAAGAAGCCAUUUACUGAUUGGUAAAGAACAGGUUAAAUGAGAUGGAGAAAUAAAGUGAUACAGAUGUACAGAUACACAGGGCAUUAAAAGUAGUAAUGCAGAUCACAAAGGUCAUUAAAAUGUAGUAGUUCAAUUUGAGACAGAACUGAUAAAUGUAGAAGUUAUGUUAAACUCAGAUCAAACUUUAGGCUUCACAUUAAGAUUGUUAAAUGGUUUGAUGGGGUAGACAGAGAAGAUGUGUCCACUCACUGGAAAGACCAAACCUAAGGCCACAAAUAUUAAGAGGUCUCUAAUAAAUCCAACAGCAAAGUAGUGAAAACCUCUUCAUCCAAAGAGUGGCAACUAGGUGGAGAUCAGUACCAAAAGAAAUAGCGGAAAUGAACAUUACAGGGAAUAGAUAGAUAAGCACAUAAGGAAGAACAGAAUAAAUGGAUAUAUUGAUAUGUUGGAUGAAGGCAUUGUCAGUGUGAAACUAAAUGCUAGCUUACAUGAGUGUUGGUUAAAUAACCUGUAUCUGUACUGUAACCACUAAGUAAUUAAUCUAGAUAUUUCCUAUUGAGACAUUUAACCCAUGUCUGCUGCUGACUUGCUGCACAUAGAGAAGGGAGAUUAUCCCUUUUGCCUUAAGUGGUUUAUUUUUAUAAUGUAUAAUUCAUCACCAGCAUUAAAAGUGUUUAAACAGUUUAUAACAUUUACAAAACUGUUUCCUGAUUUGUAAUAGCCUUCUUCCAGUUUGGAUGAGCUGCACAGAGACUGGGCAAAGGCUUCAGCCUUAACAGGCUCUAAUAACAGAUUCAUCCCAGAUGAUCUAUUUCUGGCCUAGAUCACAGACUGUGCCUACUCUAGGCAGCCUGUCUCCACUGACCUGUCUAACUCUGGGAGGCCAUGACUGGAAAUAGACCAAAAUUUCAUGGAAAACAAUGCAUGUGCAAAUCGACCAGCAAAUUCAAAGGAUUGAGAGAUAAGCUGAGAGUUGGGAACAUCCAGGAUAUUUUUGGUUGAUUUACAUUACUUUGUUUCUGCUUUGCAUUAUGAUCACCCAACCCUUAACCUUCCCACUGAUUUUAAAGAACUGACUGGAUUUUGUAUUAAUUGUCCAUUGAAUACACUCUGACAGCUCAAUUCUGGUCAUUAAG